UUUAAGAAGCUGUGAAGGAAGCGGGUUCUUACAGCUUCUUUCUUCCUGUGGUUUUUGGGCUCUUUGGCAGUAAACUCCCGGCCAUGCCUGAACCCUCUAAGUCCGCUCCGGCCCCGAAGAAGGGCUCCAAGAAGGCGGUGACCAAGGCGCAGAAGAAGGACGGCAAGAAGCGCAAGCGCAGCCGCAAGGAGAGCUACUCCGUGUACGUGUACAAGGUGCUGAAGCAGGUCCACCCGGACACCGGCAUCUCGUCCAAGGCCAUGGGCAUCAUGAACUCCUUCGUGAACGACAUCUUUGAGCGCAUCGCCGGCGAGGCAUCGCGUCUGGCGCAUUACAACAAGCGCUCGACCAUCACAUCCAGGGAGAUCCAGACGGCCGUGCGCCUGCUGCUGCCCGGGGAGCUGGCCAAACACGCGGUGUCCGAGGGCACCAAGGCCGUCACCAAAUACACCAGCUCCAAGUGAGCCGGCCCGCCACGGAGUGAUCG